AUGAAUAGUUCAUUUAUUAAGCACAAAAAAAAAUCAAGAAAGAGCCAGUUAGCUGUUAUACAAACCAAAUUUGUUAUUGAGUGCUUGAAGGAAUGGACUCCUGAAAAAACAUAUGAAAUAGUUAAAAUGUCAACUAUAGGUGAUAAAAUUUUAGACAAACCUUUGCCAAAAAUUGGUGAGAAAAGUUUAUUUACCAAAGAAUUAGAGAUUGCUUUGGAACAACAGGAUGUUGAUUUUGUGAUUCACUCACUAAAGGAUUUACCCACAACAUUGCCAGAUGGCAUGUGUAUAGGGGCAAUUCUGAAGCGAGAAGAUCCACGAGAUGCACUUGUUUUGCACCCAAAACAUGUGGGGAAAAGUCUGGAAACGUUACCAAAGGGCAGUGUUAUAGGAACAAGUUCAUUGAGGCGGACAGCACAGCUCAACAGAAGGUACCCAGACCUCAAGGUUGAAAGUAUUCGGGGUAACAUCAAUACAAGACUGGAUAAGUUAGAUAAUGGUGAUAUAUUUGCAGCUAUAGUCCUUGCAUCUGCUGGAUUAUCAAGAAUGGGGUGGGAGAAAAGGAUAAGUCAGAAAUUGGAAGCAGAAGAGUGGUUAUAUGCUGUGGGUCAGGGAGCCCUGGCAGUAGAGUGUAGAGAAGAUGACUUUGCAACUCUCAGACUUCUUCAACCAUUAUUUCAUGGAACCACAACUUUCCGGGUGCUUGCAGAAAGAAGCUUCUUGCGUACACUUGGUGGAGGUUGUUCAGCACCAGUUGCUGUUAAGUCUGAACUAAUUGGGCAGGAUCUCUCUCUCACUGGGGCAGUAUGGAGUUUGAAUGGCAAAAAAAUGCUCAAACACUCAUCUUCAUGUAGAUUACAAUAUAGGGAAGAGGACGAAGAUGGAGAACCGCCAAGGAAGUGUCCCUACCGAAUGCCGAAGUUAUUCUGUGGUAUAUCACCAGGGAACUUGACAUACCGAGAUCUGGAAGAAGCAGAGAAAUUGGGUGAAGAUGUAGCAUAUCAGUUGGUGAAAGAUGGAGCACUAGAUAUAAUGAAUGAAGCAAGAAAUCACAAUGAGACCACAGCAAGUUAAAUUCCACGCAGGUGAUGGCAGACACAUUUGCCAGCACUUUAUGUUGUAUGAUGUGUGUGCCCGAUGGAAAAAUUGCAGGUAAGAAGACUUCUAUAACACCAGUGGUGCACCAGGUCUUUGUUCAGUAGUCCAAAUUACUGUGUUGCAAAUAUUGAUCUUUGAAACUGUAAAGUAAUAUACCUUCAGUGAUCUGAAUUUAUUUGAAUUCAAUGCUGAAAUUUUCUUUCUGUAUACAUUUUGAAGAUUGCUGUCUUCUG